AUGAUAUCAACAACCGACAAAGAAGAGAUACUUAGUCCAACUGAUGUUGAAAUUAAAGUUCAUAGUGUUGGGUUGAAUUUUCGUGAUAUAUUAAAAGGUCGAGGACUUUUUCCCCAUAUGGAAGAAUUUGGUAUUGAAUAUCAUCAACAACAUGCAAAUGCUCGAAAUGAAAUAGUUGGUUCAGAAUUUAGUGGCACAAUAAUAAGAAAAGGAUUACAGGUAAAAGCGUUGAAUGUAAAUGACACUGUUAUUGGUGCGACUAUUCAUCAUGGUGCAUUUAAAUCGCAUGUAAUUGUUGAUCAAUGUCUUGUUGUUCCUAUUAAAAAAUUAAUUUCUGAAACUACAAUGAAAAAGCUUCAAUACCAAUUGCAUAUACAACAUGGUGUGGAUAUUGCUACUGUUCAGUAUUGUCAAAAAAUUGGAGCGGAGAUCAUCGUGACAGCUGGAACAGAAGAAAAACGAGAGUACUUACGCGAACAAUAUGGUUUAAAACACAUAUUUAGUCGUGAUUUAUCUUUCGUAUAUAAUAUUCGUCAAUUAUUUCCAGAUGGUGUGAAUGUUAUUCUUAAUUCAUUGUCAGGUAUAUUUUUACAAGAAUCUAUUAAAUUAUUAUCUAACAUUGGACACUUUAUUGAACUUGGUAAACGUGAUAUUUAUUCUCAAACAAACGUAUCCUUGUUUCAGUUGAGAAAUGAUUGUACUUUUUAUGUUACUGAUUUAACUGCUGUUAUCGAACAUCACCCAAAAUACAUUCAAACUCUGUUGAGAGAAAUUUUACAAUAUGAAGAACAAAAUCCUAUAAACUCUUUUCAACCAGUACAUAUCUAUGAACCCUCACAAGUUAUCGAUGCAUUUAGAAUGUUCGAGCAAGCAAAUCAUAUAGGAAAAUUAGUUUUAAGAAUAACUGGUUCAAGUGAAGCAUUACAGGUUGAAGAAGAAGAAAUUCAACAAAUAAAAAGUAUUUAUGCUAGAAUUUACUUAUUAUCUUGUACUAUAAUGCAAUUAAUUAUGUAUCUGAUGAGCCAGGACUAG